AUGGAGGCGAGUGGAGUUGGGGAACCACUCCUUGACAGCAAAUAUGAUCACGAUGGCGUAAAGAGUGAAGAAAACACCCAGAAAGGAUCCAAAGAGAUCAUUUAUAAUACUGUUUCACCAUUUCCCGGCGAUGAAGACGUGGUUGGUCCUCUUAAUGGAGUUUUUGAUCUUGUAAGAGAAUUCUACACCGAAUCAAAGAAGCUAUGGUACCUUGCUGGUCCGGCCAUUUUCACCUCCUUCUGCCAGUAUGGCCUCAUAGCCACCACUCUGGUGGUUGCCGGUCAUAUCGGAACCAUUCAACUGGCUGCAGUUUCAGUGGAGAAUUCUGUCAUUGCAGGAUUUCCUUUUGGCCUAUUGAUGGGCAUGUCGAGUGCACUAGAGACCUAUUGUGGGCAAGCAUUUGGAGCAAACCAAUUACAUAUGCUUGGAUUACACAUGCAAAGAUCAUGGCUGAUACUCAAUAUCAUGACACUCGCAAUGGUUUCUCUCUUCAUAUUUGCCACUCCAAUCUUGGAACUUUUAGGCCAGACAACUGCUAUUUCGACCGCGGCUGGCAAAUUCUCGCUCUGGAUGAUUCCCCAGCAAUUCGCCUAUGCGAUGAUGCUUCCUACGACUAAAUUUUUACAGGCGCAAAGCAGGGUCAUGGCAAUAGCUGUAAUAGCAGCAGCAGCACUUGUUUUACAUGUUUUCUUAAGCUGGUUUUUGAUGUUGAAACUCGGGUGGGGCCUAGUGGGUGCGGCCAUGGCACUGGAUGUCGCGUGGUGCUUCAUUGCAAUUGCUCAAUUCAUGUACAUCAUCGCUGGGACUUGUGGUCAGGCUUGGUCUGGAUUUUCAUGGAAGACAUUUGAAAAUUUGUGGGGGUUUGUAAAAACUUCUGUUGCCUCAGCUGUGAUGAUCAGCUCUGAGAUAUGGUAUAUUACAGUUUUGACUCUCUUCACAGGAAAGUUAAAAAAUGCGGAAGUUUCUGUGGAUGCCUUGUCUGUAUGUAUAAAUAUAUUGAGUUGGACCUCCAUGGUGGGUCUUGGAUUCCAUGCUGCCAUUAGUGUGAGAGUGUCGAAUGAGCUAGGUUCUGGACACCCGAGAAGUGCAAAAUUCUCAGCAGUUGUUGCUGGGAUCACUUCUCUUCUUAUCAGUUUCUUAUUCGCUCUUAUCCUAAUGGUCACCACGAAGCAGUACCCAGCAAUGUUUUCAAACAGUUCAGAAGUUAAGCACCUUGUCGAAGAGCUCACGCCAUUGCUGGGGAUAUGCAUACUCUUUACAAAUUUUCAAUAUGCUCUCACUGGAGUGGCAAUUGGGGCAGGGUGGCAAGUUCCAGUUGCCUUCAUAAAUGUUGGAUGCUACUUCCUGAUAGGUGUUCCUUUGGGAGUUUUGAUGGCCUACAAGUUCAAAAUGGACAUCGAGGGGCUUUGGUAUGGAAUGUUGCUAGGUUUAUGCCUACAGUCCUGCCUAUUACUCUGGAUGAUGUGUGUCACAGACUGGAAUAAAGAGGCUUAUGUCGCAAAAGAGAGAUUAAAAGGAUGGGGAGGGGAAGCGGAUGCUGGCGAAACUGGUAAUAGUAAAACUUCUGCAAAAAUGAGGAGUGUGAAACUUUGA